CGAUGUGGUUACCAUCACUAUCUGGACAUACUGACGUGAAAACUCGAGAAAAAUCAUUUCAAUUAAAAGAAAAACUUUGCAAAUAAUUAAUAAAAUUGCUCAAUAAUUAAAUAAAACAAGAUGUCCCUGUUUGGUGCACUGAUGGGUGAUUUCGAUGAUGAUCUGGGUUUCAUGAACAAUCACAUAAAUCAUCAAAUGAAUGCAAUGAAUAUGCAAAUGCGUUCAAUGAAUCGCCUGAUGAAUUCAUUCAUGCCGGACCCAUACCAAAUGCAAGCAAUUGGAUCUCCAUUUGAUCCACCAGGCUUCCCACAGCCAGGAGCUUUAAUGGAACGCUCCCAAAUGGGUGCAAUGCCAGCCAUGAAUCUAUUUGGCAUGCCGGUAAUGCCCAAUUUCAAUCGAUUGAUCAAUGCUGACAUUGGCGCUGGUAAUGGCUCCUCGUUUUGCCAAAGUACCGUGAUAACAAUGUCCUCGGGAUCCGAUGGACGUCCACAGAUCUAUCAGGCCAGUACAAGUUCCAAAACCGGACCAGGCGGUGUCCGGGAGACACGAAAAACCGUACAGGACUCACGUACUGGUGUGAAAAAAAUGGCCAUUGGCCAUCAUAUCGGUGAACGAGCCCAUAUCAUUGAAAAGGAGCAGGAUAUGCGCUCGGGCCAAUUGGAAGAGCGUCAGGAAUUCAUAAAUCUAGAUGAGGAAGAGGCCGAACAGUUCGAUCGUGAAUUUACCACACGGGCCACCAGCGGCGCCGUUGCCGUUGGAGGACGUCGUAAUGGCGGCCGAGCUUUGCCAGCCAUACGUGCUGCUCCAGCAGCAGGACCGACUAGCACCUCCACCCUGACCAUUGAACCCUUGGACGAUGACGACGAUGAUGAUGAUUGCGUUAUACAGGAACAGCAGCCGGAAGUUUCAUCAGUUCGUCGUCCAAUGCCAUCUUUGCCUCCUCAUAGCAGCAACGCAGCAGCAGCAGCAGCAACAACAACGACAACAACAACAUCGCCACGUCGAACAACUCCCAACGCAGCAACAGCCUCCGGCACGGUCUACGAUCUAACAAACAACAACAACAACUAUUUGGGCAAUUCGCGUCGCUCGUAUAUGCGUAAUGGGCAACAUUUGGCCACUCCCCGUCGACCAUUACGUACACCUCCCUCAUCGCCGUUGACCACAAUAUCCAGCACUAGCCACAGCAUUGCCGGUCCGCCAAGCAUACAUCCACAUCCCUAUGCUGGUCACGGCCAUGCUCGACGUGCUAAUCAUCAUCAUCAUCAGCAGCGCAUAAAGCAGCAGCCGCACAGUGCGGAAGAUGAAACCAAGUCAAAGAGGCGCUCCAAAAAAUAAAAGGCAAAACGACAGAAACAACAGAGGAUGAAGAAGCAGCCAGAAAACAGCAGACGGAGGCACACUCAGCAAGCAGCAGGAGUAGGAUUAUAAUCUAAUACACUUAAAAAAUAUAUAGGAAACACCAAAACAUUCAAAACCCAGAUGGCCAAAAUCAGGACACUCACACACACACACACACACACACGCACACACCCUUAACAAAUUUAGAAAUGAAAUCUUAAUUUUUUGUGAUUUUUCUGUUUAUUAACGAUCGAUAUUUUUGUUUUUUUUUUAAUUUUGGCCUAAAAAUUUCGUUAAAGCCUACGAAAUUUCCUAAGAAUAUAUAUAGUUUCGACAACAUCUUCAGGAUAUAGACAUUCUCACACAUACACAGACACACACACACACACACAUUCUCUCUCAGCCAGAACAACGCAAAAUUUGAGAGUUACAAUUAAAAAUUAUUAAUAAUAAUAAAAAACAAAAAUGGAACGUUAACAAAAUUUGCAAUUGUCAAACGGUUUAGUUUUAAGAUGGUUUUUUUAAUUUUUUGAAAAGCAAACAAAAGAAAUUCUCAAGAUUUUUUUCUAGACUUAGCUUUAAAUUGUUGUUUGGAGCGGGGGAGGGGAAUGAAAGGAGAGGAGUAAUUGUGAAAGUAUUGAAAAUUAUAUAAAUGGAAUGCGGCUAAGAAUGGAUAUUACUAUACAUAAAUCCCCAUCAAGAAAAACCCCUUCAAUAAGAACAAAAACCACAUGUAUAAAUAUAUACAUCUCUCUAUAUACAUACAUAUAAAUAUAAAUAUUAAGGCUUAAGUAAAUGUUGAAGUGAAUUUAAUUUGAAAAUCAGUAUAUUACAAUUACAUCAUUAGUAAAAACA